CAGGGCUGGAUUGGCUCACACGGACAUGAGGGUAACGGGCCCCUUAGAUCUCCCAGGGCAGGAUGGUGGAUGUCGGGGGUCUGGGGCAGGAUCAUCAGCAUCUCUGUGUGUCACUUAGGGGACCUUGCAGGGGUGGGGAUGGUCUGCAGCCCUGAGCCCACAGGCAGGACUCCGGUGCUGGGGGAGUGAAGGGGGUGCUGGGAACCCUGCUCACUGACUGCACCGUCUCCAUUCCAGGUGUCCCGAGAGCAGCCCUUGAACCCUGACCUCCUGGCUGGAUCGCUGGGGCUUUCUGGGGGAACCAGCCAGCUGUGCAGCCCAAAGCAGACACCCUUCCGGGCCGCCAGCCGUGGGGAGCCAGCGCCGGGCCCCCAGCUUGCAUGCCGUUCACGCUUUGGGGCGCUAAACUUCCCGCAGUCUGUGCUGCGAGAGCCGGUGGGCAGGAGACGCAGACCCAGCGGGCAGUGAGGCUCGCCCAGCUCCUCGCCCGGCUCGUGCAGAGGGGGAGCUGGUGGGGCCGGUUCAUGGCACGAGCCGUAUCGCGCGCCAGCGGGUGAGCGCAGCAAGGUGGCUGCCUCCGAGCUCCCAGCCCGUGUUCAGGACUCCAGCCCUGCGAGCCAAGGAGGAAGCUGGGGGAAGCAGGAAGCCUUCCCAAGGGCUCACGCUCUGUGACCCAGUGCCUUUCCUCGGAGGUCAAGCAGCACAACAGGAAGCCUUGCUGUGGUCACUCGGCAGCGGGAGCCGUGUGGCGUCACUCGGGGGCUCUCCCAGCCCCUGCCCCGCGGUCCGGUCCUCGUGCCCCGCCAAGAGCCUGGGCGAAAGCUGCCCUAAAUGGAAGCCGGACGGGAGCUGGACAGCAGCCGCUGGCCCCGGGGAGGAAGAUGCAGUACAGAGACGGCCAGCUUAGCAUGGAGUUGAACCGGCUGCUGCUCCUCACAGCCUUCCUCCUCCACAUCAAGCUGUCCAGGCUGAGCCCGGCCCGGCUGGUCUGCGACAACCGGCUCAUCCAGAAAUACAUCAGCGAAGCCAAGGACAUGGAGAAGAGAGUGAGCCAGUGCCAGGAGCUCCCGUCGCUAACCCAGCCCCUUCCUCUGCCCAUGGUGGACUUCAGCCUCCGGGAAUGGAAAACGAAGACAAAUGAGACGAAAAGGCAGGAGAUCCUCUGCGACCUGGCGCUGCUGGUGGACGCGGUGACCGCUGCGCAGGGCCACGUGAGGCAGGAGUGUGCGGCUGCCCUCCUGGGGCAGCUCUACAAGAAAGCCAACUCCUUCCUCCUGCUCCUGAAGACCUUCAGCUGGCAGGACAGUGCCUGGCAGCCGGACCGCGCCUCCCGGACAACCCUGCAGAGCCACCCCAGUGUGAUAUUUCUGGUCUACCGGCAGCUCGUGCAAGGCAAACUGCGCUUCCUGUUCCAUGACCUGGCAAAGGAUUUCUGCCAGGAAGGAAGCCGGGGGGUGCCAGAGCCCCCAAGCACCCCACGUCCCCGGCUGCCUCAAGGGGACAGUGAAAGCCCUGCCUGCUGAUAGGGGUGUCCACCAGACCACAGGUGGAGACAGGGUGGGAAGGAAGCAGAUCCUGGCCCCCGACUCUCCAGAGAUGCGGGGGAAGAGCAGGGCAGAGAGGGCCCUGCUGGAGCAGAGAGGUCACGCCCAAGGACAUUAACAGCUGGCAGAGGACGAGAAAGGGGGCUCCUUCAGCCCUAGAGAGGCCCCCCACUGAUGGGCUGGUGAAUGUCGACCCACAGCGAAGACUUGAGAGCUGAGCAAAGAGGGGCCUGGCCCCGAGACUGGGAGGGGCCAGAGGAUGCUCUCCGCUCUGCACAUGCCAGGAAAGGGAGAGGACUCUGAGGAGGAGCUCCUGUGGGCGCACGGCGAGGCAGGGCCUCUGAAUCCAGUCAGCACACAUGCAACACGCGCAGACUCGUUCCUUUCCCAGGCCACGGGUGAGAGAACUCCCUGCCCGUCCACCAGCCCCGUCUCCAGCCAACCACUGCGUAAUCCAGGGGUGGGGGACUCGCUGUGCCAGGGGAUCAGCUGGCAGAACGCAGCUGUGGACUUACGCACUUGCGGGUAUACGACCCUGCGGCCCCAAGGCUCAUGCCCCCAGGUCUCCAUGCAUCAUCCCAGCCCAGCCU